AUGUCGAACAGUGUUGGUUUAUCAACCGUUACUCAAUUAGUCAAACAGACAUGUCUUUUCAAUAAUCGACAAUAUGUAUCAGCUAAAGAAGGUUUAGAAUUUGCUGAAACAGCUAUUAAAACAACUAGAUCAACAUAUACAUCUCAACAAAAUAAACUUGAUAAUUCAUUUUGUACUGGUGCUCUAUCAAAAGAUGAUUAUGAUAAACAAACAAAUCAACUUAAACAACAAGUUGAAAUUGAUUGUGUUCCAUGGGAAAUGUAUGUAAAAAAAUUAACUCAACUUAUUGAUCAAUAUUCAUUACAAUCUGAAACACAACGAAAUAAUAAACGAACAUUUAAUCAAUCUUCAUCUAUGAAACAAUCAUAUUCAAAUUCUUCUAUAUCGAAACGUAGUCGUAUAACAUUUUCAUCUAGUAGUUCUGAUUCAGAUAUAUCUGAACCUAUUCCUUCAACGACUGAAAAAAAAUCUAAGUCAAUUAUAAUUAAAUAUGAUUCAAGUACAAAUACAAGUCCAUUAGAAUUAUCACUUCGUUCACCUUUUUCUUCAACACCAAGUAUUAUUCCAUUUACAGCUCAAACAAAUCAUAUUACACAACGAAUUCCUUUACAACAUAUUAAUGAAAUAGCUGCAAAACAAAUAGUUCUUCUUCAUGAUGAAGGACAAUUAGUACGAUGGAAUGAUGUUCUUUGGCGUAUUUUAACAUAUUUUCAUGUACAAGAUCUUGGUAAUAUAGGUAUUCAACGUGCUGAUCAAAUACCUUGUAUUGAUAAUCUUAUUCGAAUACAAAAUAAAAUAAAUAUUUAUCUUGAUUCAUAUGCUUAUUGGCAAACUAUAGGUACAUUAAAUGAAUUAGAAAAUGAUUUAGCUCGAAUAUUUUAUAAAAAUAAUUAUAAUGAAUUAUUAUUGGGUCCAAUAGAAAAACAACCUAAAAUUGAAGAAUUAUUUCGUUUAAAACAUAUUCGAAAUGAAUAUAUAAAAAAAGAUCUUAAAAGUUCUGAUGUAUUAAAAUAUCUUGAUCAAUAUAUGACUAAAGAAUUUGCUUGGAAAACAGAAAAUGAAAUAAAUGUUGAACAUUUUUUCAAAUUUAUAGCUAAACAAAUUCAUGUAAAAGAUAUUUAUCAAUUAGGUAUUCGAAUGAAAAGUGCAUAUUUAGCAAGAAAUUGUAUUAAAACUAUGCAAGCAAAUCAACGUAAAACAAUGGAAAUAGCUCGAACAGAAUUAAAUUUAAUAUUAACUGAUCUUGUACAAAAAGAAAUUGAAAAAAUUUCACAAACUAUUAACGAUAAAUUAGGUAAUAAUAAUAAUAAUCAACAACGUCAAAUUUAUGCAUCAAUGGAUCCGAUUGAUAUAAUUAAUGAUCUUAUUGAAAUUUGUCGUGAAGUUUGUCAAAAUUAUACUUCAUUUCGAAAAAUAUCUCAAGCACUUGAUAUUAUUUCAAAAGAUUCAAUGUUAAGAAAUAUAUUUCAAAUAGCCAUUUGUCAUGGUAAUUUGGAAAUGCUCGAUCAAACUAAUCAAUCAAAACAAUCAUCACAUAAAAGCAAAUCUAAUACAAGCAAUAAAAUAUAUUUUCAUUCAUCUGAUUCAUCAGAUAAUGAUGUUGAAUUAGAAAUAAAAUCACAAACAAAGUUAUCUGAAAUAGUUAUUAAUCAUCCAAAUGAUAAUGAACUUCUUCAAGCAUUUAAAGAACAAUUUGGUUCAUUAAAAAAUAUUACAUUUACUUUAUUAUCUCGAAUUGAACAACGUUUAUGUGAAAAAUUUCAUGUAAUUCAUUUUCAAGAAUUAGGUCAUGGUACUUUCACUAACUAUAUAACACAAAAUGAACAAUUACUAUUUCCUAUUGACACUAAAUUUCAAUUAUCUUCAUCAGAAAAUAAUGAUAAUAAUCCAGUAUUUCUAAUUUCAUUUGAAGAUCUUGAACAAUUUAUUCUUCAAAUACUUGAUAGAUCAACAGAUGAACAAUAUAUUGAACAAAUAAUUUGUUAUCAUUAUGAAAUUGAAUCAUUUGAACAACUUGGACAUGGUUCAUUUCGUUCAAUAUUUAAUUCUAUUAAACAAAAGAAAAAAUCGAAGAAUACAUCAACACAUUUCGAAUGUGCUCUGUUCGAUGAAAUACCAAUACUGAAACAAACAUUAAAUAAAACAUCAAAAUCAUUUUUACAAGAUCUUGAACAGCAAGCUUUAAAUGUUAUUAAUCAAUGUCCACUUCUUGGAAAUCUUCAUCAUCAUACACAAUGGAAUUUACACUUUCGUCCAAUAUUAGGCAAUUUGAAAACUUUUCUCUCUCGCCAUUUGAUUCCAAUACUCGAAAUUGAUUAUGUUACAUUUCUAAAAUUAUCUUCGAGUUCUACACUUGAACUAUUCAAAGAAAGUCUUUAUAAUUAUGAUUCAAUCUUAACAUCAGGACAUCUUGUCUCAAUUAUUGUUCAAUAUGAUUCAAUAAAUAAUGCUCCAUUAUCUCUUCUUUCAAAUAUAGUACAUACAUUUUUCUUGACUACAAAACUUGAUAAUCAAUUAUAUAAUUUUCUUAUAUAUGUUUUCUUUCGAAUACCAUUUCUUCUUCUUUCAUCUAUUAUGGAAAAAAUUUUUCUUCAACCAUUGAUUAAAGUUGAAGGUAGUCAAACGAAAAUACGUGAAAUAUUAUGGAAAACUAUCGAUAAACAUGAUUCAAAUAUGAUUGCACGAUUUAUUCAAUUAGGACAACAAUUAGGAUUUACUGAAUGGUCAAUAGAUAAAAUAAAAACUGAUUCAUCAAUUAAAACUAUUCAACAAGAAACAUAUUUAUCUUUGUCAAUUUCAAAUCUUGUAACAUCUUCGUUAAUUUCAAAAAUUGAACAAACAUUUUCUAUUAAUAAUACUAAUCCUUAUGAUUUAAUUGAAUGUAUUCGUCGAGAAAAAUUUGGUAUUGGUUUAAAUCUUUCAAAUGAAAGUCAAUAUUUAACUGAUCAAUUAAAAUCACUUGUUGGUCGAUCAUUAGAACGUCUUUCAAAAGAAUUAUAUAAUAGUGAUAUGCAUUUUUUACUUGAAUUAAUUCAAAAUGCUGAUGAUAAUCAAUAUAAUAAUAAACCUAGUUUAGUUUUUGUUAUUGAUUCAAAUACAAUUAAUAUAUAUAAUAAUGAAAUUGGAUUUCAAGAAAAUAAUAUUCAAGCAUUAUGUGAUAUUGGUAAAUCAACUAAAGGAAAACAUAAACAAGGUUAUAUUGGACAAAAAGGUAUUGGUUUUAAAUCCGUUUUUACUGUUUGUGAUCGUCCAGAAAUUUAUUCUAAUGGUUAUCAAAUUUGUUUUGAUGCAUCUAAUGGUUCAAUAGGAUAUAUAUUACCUAAUUGGAUAGAAAAUGAAAAUCAAGAUAAUGAAUAUAUAAAUUGGACAACACGAAUAUGUUUACCAUUAAAAUCUGAAAAUGAAAUGCAAAAACAUAAAUCACGUUCAUUAACAGAAAGUUUUAAUGAUAUUCGUCCAUCAUUAUUACUUUUUUUAAAUCGUCUUCGUUCAAUAACUAUUCAUAAUCGUUUAAAAAAUUCAAAACAAAUCUAUGAACGUAUUGAUAUACCUGGUAUAAGUAUUGUUGAAAUACAUUGUGAACAAAUAAUUGAAAAAUGGUUUAUUAUUAAAAAACAAUUAAUUAUUCCAAAUGAAAUUAAAACAAAUUUUGAUGAUGUUAUUGAAGCAACUGAAAUAGCAUUAGCUUUUCCUUUACAUGAAAUUAAUAAUAAUGAAAAAGUUAUUUUAACUAAACAAGAUGUAUAUGCUUAUUUACCAUUAAGAACAUUUGGUUUUACUUUUAUCAUUCAAGCUGAUUUUGAAGUUCCAUCAUCACGUCAAGAUAUUUUAAGUGAUAGUAUAUGGAAUCAAUUUCUUCUUAAUGAAAUUCCAUCUAUUUUUCUCUCAUCACUUGAUACUUUUUAUCAAGAACAAUCAUUUUUACCUAUUGAUCCUCUUCAUUUAUUUCUUUAUUUUCUACCAAAUGAAACUUCAAUUUAUAGUAAUAAUCUUUUUACACCAGUAUGUCGAACUAUACAUCGUUUAUUACGUUCUCGUCGAUUUCUACCUGUUAUUAAUGAUAAUAAUUUACAUAUGCCAAAUGAAUGUGUAUUUAUAAAUGAUUUAACUAUAAAAGAAAUUUUAACACCUGAACUUUUAUAUAAUCAUUUAAAUUUAUAUUAUUUAAAAGAUGAUUUAUAUGAAUAUGAAAAACAAUUAUAUGAACUUGGUGUACAUCAUCUUGGUCAUAAUGAAUUAAUUAAUUUUAUUAAACAAAUAUUUACUACAGAAAUAACAAUUGAAAAUAAAAAAAUUCUAUCAAAAUGGUUUUGUUGUUUAUAUCGAUGUUUAAAUGAAAUUUCAUUAAUUGAUGAACAAAAAGUUUUAAAACAUAUACAAUCAUUAAAAAUAUUUCCAUUAAAAAAUUAUCAAGAAUUUAUUUCAGUAAAUUAUAUUAAUCAAAUUAUUUUUUUUCCAUCAAAUAGUAUUCAAUUACCAAAAUUAAUUGAAAAUGAUUUAAUGAUUAUAAAUGAUGAAUUAUGGAUGAAUUUAGAAGAAAAUUCUAUAGAAAGAAUUCAAAUACAAACAUUACUUGAAAGACUUGGAAUACAACGUUUAACACAUCGAGCUAUUUGUGAACAACAUAUAUAUCCAAUUUUUGAAAAUGAUAAACUAUGGAAAGAAAAAUCAUCAGAAACUCUUAUUGCUUAUGUUAUGUAUAUUUUUGAUCUAUGGUCAAAACAGUAA